CUCCUUUGAAAAAAGUUAAGUGACCAUGUGAGUUUGCUGACUUCAGAUGGGAGCUGGACUGGAAGCUCGCAGAAUGGCGGGUCGUAUAAUCCCUUUUACAACAAUUGAAUGCUCCAAACUCCUUAUGCUUUCCUUGAAAUAAAGAAGUGACAGCAGAAAGUUGGUCUGGAUGAUCUCCUUCUUGCCCUGGAGGAAAGCAGACAGCCAUGCAGCUGACUCAGCACGCCUAUCAUGAUUCAUGGGGAACGAGAUUGCUUUCUGAUUCCAGGGACUGGUGUCUUUUGCGGAGGUGGCCGUGUACUUCUCUGUGGAAGAAUGGGUCUUGCUAGAUGCAUGCCAGAGAGCGCUAUACAGGGAGGUCAUGCUGGAAAAUUAUGUGAUGGUGGUCUAUGUGGAGCACUGGAGUCCCACGCCUCCUCUCAUCUCCUGGCUGAAGGAAGAAGACCUCUUCCUGCAGAGCUCCACAGAAGAAGUGCAAUCAGCAGGUGUUUUUGGGGGGAGCAAGACUAAAGAGGAAUUUUCAGGAGUGUCGUUCAAGGUUGUCACGGACAGAGAGAAGUUGGGCAGUGAAGAAAAGAUUCAGGAGGGGAAGAAGCAUUACAAAUGGUUGGAAUGUGGAAAAAACUUCAAUUCCAGUUCAAACUUUACUUCCCAACAAAGAACCAAUACAGGAGAGAAACCAUAUCACUGCUCAGUGUGUGGAAAGAGCUUCAGUCAGCAUAACACCCUCAUUUCCCAUCAAAUAAUUCACACAGAUGGGAAACCAUGCCAAUGUUCAGAGUAUGGAAAGAGUUUUAGUUGGUGUGACACCCUCACUUCCCAUCAAGUAAUUCAUACAAGAGAGAAACCAUAUCAGUGCUCUGCAUGUGGAAAGUGUUUCACUCGGAGAGACAAGCUCAAUAUCCAUCGAAGAAUUCACACAGGAGAGAAACCAUACCAGUGCUCAGGGUGUGGAAGGAACUUCAGUCACCGUGGCAGCCUCAUUUCCCAUCAAAGAAUUCACAUGGAUGAGAAAGCAUAUCAGUGCUCAGAGUGUGGAAAGAGUUUUAGCGGGUGUGAUGCCCUCACUUCCCAUCAAAGAAUUCAUGUGGAUGAGAAAGCAUAUCAGUUCUCAGAGAGUGGAAAUCGUUUUAGCAGGAACCACACCCUCACUUCCCAUCAAAGAAUUCACAUGGAUGAGAAAACAUAUCAGUGCUCAGAGUGUGGGAAGAGUUUUAGCAGGCAUCACGCCCUCACUUCCCAUCGAAGAAUUCAUGUGGAUGAGAAACCAUACCAGUGCUCAGAGUGUGGAAAGAGUUUUAGCAGGCAUGAUGCCCUCACUUCCCAUCGAAGAAUUCAUGUGGAUGAGAAACCAUACCAGUGCUCAGAGUGUGGAAAGAGUUUUAGCGGGCGUGAUGCCCUCACUUCCCAUCGAAGAAUUCACGUGGAUGAGAAAACAUACCAGUGCUCAGAGUGUGGAAAGAGUUUUAGCGGAUGUGAUGCCCUCACUUCCCAUCGAAGAAUUCAUGUGGAUGAGAAACCAUACCAGUGCUCAGAGUGUGGAAAGAGUUUUAGCGGAUGUGAUGCCCUCACUUCCCAUCAAAGAAUUCAUGUGGAUGAGAAACCAUACCAGUGCUCAGAGUGUGGAAAGAGUUUUAGCGGGCGUGAUGCCCUCACUUCCCAUCGAAGAAUUCAUGUGGAUGAGAAACCAUACCAGUGCUUAGUGUGUGGAAAGAGUUUUAGCGGGCAUGAUGCCCUCACUUCCCAUCGAAGAAUUCAUGUGGAUGAGAAAGCAUGUCAGUGCUUAGAGUGUGGAAAGAGUUUUAGCAGGGGUGACACCCUCACUUCCCAUCGAAGAAAGCAUAGUCGAGAGAAACCAUAUAUAUGUUCACAAUGCGGAAAGAGCUUUCUUUUGAGGGGAUCGUUUAGAAAACAUCAGAUAGUCCACAUUGCAGAGAAACCCCAUCAGUGCUCUGAAUGUGGAAAGAGUUUCAAAAGAAGAGACAGCCUUAGUGAACAUCAAAGACUCCACACAGGGGAGGGGCUGCAUAGCUGCUCAGUUUGUGACAAGAGCUACUGUAGGAAACCAAACCUAAAUAGGCAUCUAAAAAUGCACGAAGGAAUGAAACCAUGUAAUUCCACAGAAUGUGGAAAGAGAAAUCCUUCAGUGGCAGGUGAUACACAGCCAUAUAACUGCUCAGACUGAGGCUAUUUUCAGAAAGGAAACCCUACCAGACUACUAAAAUUAUAAAAGGCAAAGUAAAACUGUAAAAAGUAGAAAAACCUUGGGAUGUGAAGAAAAGCUUCAGAGGUAACCUGCAUCUAAGUCAAAAUCAAAAUGUCCAGGCCAGAGAAGGGUCAAUUAGUUUGGCAUCUGAAAAUCAGAUCUGCAUGAACCUCCUUAAAUAGUCAGUGAUGGGAGAUCUUUUCAACUCUUGGGAAAAGAUUUCUUGGGCCGUUUCCGCACGGGCGGAAUAUGGCGGCCUGGGGAUGGCAAAAACGCCGUCCCCAGGCCGCCAUUCGCACAGGGGGCGCAGCUGCAUCGCAGCCGCGCCGCCCU